CUUGACCAAAACUUUAAGCUAAAUAAAUGCUGAGAACUAUAACAAGAAUCCGCGGAGGGCGGGCCGCGCUUUAAAGCUGCUGUGAGAACGGCUACAGCAGGGAUUGUACAGUUGUUUGCUCUCGGUGGUGUGUCUGGAACCCCCGACAAGGAUUACAAUAUGAGCAGCAACGACAGAUUUGAGAUGGACUCCAUGAAUGAGACAGAGGACGAGGGUGAUCCUCAAUACGGCAUGAUUGAAGAGCAAGUUGUUUACCCCGAGGAGUUUUUACCAACAUACCAUAGCAUAAGUAUUAAAGAAGGAACAGUAACCAAAGCACAACUGACAGAGUUUAAUAACAAACCCGACUCCUUGUUCUUUAAUGAUGGCGUGAGGAGGAUCGACUUCAUCCUGGUCUAUGAAGAUGAGGACAAGAAGGACUUUGAGAAGAGGCACACGUACCAGCGGCGCAAGAGACGGCGCGAGUUCUUUGAGGCCAGCCUGAUGAAGAUGGGAAUGGAGCUGGAGGCAACACCAUCUGUGCUAGAUGACAAACUGCUGUUUGUGAAAGUUCACAUGCCGUGGGAGGUUCUGUGCACCUACGCCGAGGUCCUGCACAUCAAGCUUCCCAUCCAGCCCAACGACCUGUCCUCCCGCCCCUCCCCUUGGCGCUUUUUGUCCUGCAUCACCAAGCACUUCUACCCCAACGAGGACCUGAUCAGCAAGGAGUCCGAGUUCUUCACAGCCCCCUUUGAGAAAGGUCGCCUGGAGUUCUUUUACAUGAAGGACAAAGACAACUUCUUCACGCCGUCCAUGAGGAGCAGGAUGGCAAAUUACAUCCUGAGUCGUGCUCCCUAUGAAAUAAGAGGGAGCAUAAAGAAGUUUGGCAUCACUAAACUGCUGGAUGGCGGAGUGUACAAAGCAGCCUAUCCCCUCCAUGACUGCAGGUUCAAUGUCAAGUCCAAAGAAGAGGGCUGCCCCAACGAGAGAUAUCUGCUCUAUGAAGAAUGGGCUCACCCCAAAAGCUUCUACAAGAUGCAACCACUUGACCUCAUAAGGAAGUAUUAUGGGGAGAAGGUCGGCAUUUACUUUGCCUGGUUGGGUUUCUACACAAUGAUGCUCGUUCUGGCUGCCGUCGUGGGACUGGGCUGUUUCAUUUAUGGAUACAGGACCCGAGACACCAGCACCUGGAGCAAGGAGGUGUGCGACCCUAAGAUUGGAGGGAGUAUUGUGAUGUGUCCACAGUGCGACAAGGAAUGUACAUACUGGUUUUUGAACAGCACCUGUGAAUCUUCCAAAAAACUUUGUAUAUUUGAUAACUUCGGAACCCUGGUAUUUGCUGUUUUUAUGUCAAUCUGGGUAACUUUGUUCCUGGAGUUUUGGAAGCGACACCAGGCAAAGUUGGACUAUCAGUGGGACACUGUGGAGUUUCUGGAGCAGGAAGAGCCACCUCGCCCAGAAUAUGAAGCCAAGUGUGUCUACGAGAGGAAAAACCCUAUCACAGGGGUAAAAGAAAGUGUGCCAUAUACACCCUGUGGACGAUGUGUUCGGGUGUCGAUAGGAAUUGGGACAGUGUUAUUCUGGAUUCUGUUGAUAGUGGCGUCCAUUGUGGCCGUCAUUGUCUACCGCCUGGCUGUAUUUUUUGCCUUCUCUGCUCAACUCAGAGCUCAGGACCUGAAGAAGCUGGAACCCUUAAAGGAGUAUGUGACGCCUCAGAUGGCCACUUCUGUCACCGCCUCCCUCAUCAGCUUUGUUGUAAUAAUGACCCUCAAUAUUCUAUAUGAGCGGGUCGCUGUCUGGAUCACUGACUUUGAGCUUCCGCGGACCAAGACAGAAUACGAGAACAGCUUGACCCUGAAGAUGUUCCUCUUUCAGUUCGUCAACUAUUACUCCUCUUGUUUCUACAUCGCCUUUGUCAAAGGAAAAGCGGUUGGCUAUCCCGGGAAGCCUGUUUAUCUCCUGGGACAGUUCCGGAACGAGGAGUGUGAUCCUGGUGGUUGUCUGAUGGAGUUGACAACUCAGCUCUCCAUCAUCAUGGGUGGAAAAGCCAUCUUGAACAACAUCCAAGAGGUCUUGAUACCGUGGAUCAAGAAUUUGAUUUUCCGCUACUGCACCCGGACUUCAGAGAAGGUGAUCCCUCGCUGGGAGCAGGACUAUGAGCUCCAGCCUGUUUCAAAACUAGGACUCUUCUAUGAAUAUCUUGAGAUGGUCAUCCAGUUUGGCUUUGUGACCCUGUUUGUGGCCUCCUUCCCUCUGGCUCCCGCCCUGGCUCUGGCUAACAAUGUGUUUGAGAUUCGAGUUGAUGCUUGGAAAAUCACCACUCAGUUUCGCCGCAACGUGCCAGAGAAGGCCCAGGAUAUAGGUGCCUGGCAGCCAAUUCUUCAAGGCAUCGCCAUCUUGGCUGUUGCAACAAAUGCCAUGAUCAUUGCUUUUACAUCAGACAUGAUUCCACGCUUGGUCUACUACUGGUCUUUCUCUAUGUACCCAUAUGGAGACCAUGCCAACCACACCAUGGAGGGCUACAUCAACAGCUCGCUGUCUGUAUUCAACAUCAACGACUUCUCCAACAAGAGCCAGCCUCUGUACUCUUACAAUAUCACCACCUGCAGGUAUCGAGAUUUUCGGCAUCCUCCUGGCCACCCCAGGCAGUAUGAGUUCAACGUCUACUACUGGCAUGUGAUCGCUGCCAAAAUGGCUUUUAUAAUCGUCGUAGAGCACAUUGUUUACUUUACGAAGUUCAUCCUGUCCUACAUGAUCCCAGACGUCCCGUACGCUGUCAAAGAACAGAUAAAACGAGAGAAAUACUUGACCCAGGUUGUCCUCCAUGAGACCAAGCUCAAGUUGGUGACCAAACGUUUGAAACCAGUCUAUGACGAGACUGUCGAGAACAUGGAGGUGAACGCGCCGAAGGAGGAGUUGGAACUUGAUUUCUGAAUGUAGAUGAAAAUGUGUAGAAGAGGAGAUGAGACCUUCCUGGGUCUGUCACAUGUUCAUCCCUGACACUGUAUACUGACUACCCAGUUUUUUUGCAGCACCUGCACAAAUUAGGAGUUGACAUUUUUGGGGGGAAUCCUGUGGGGUCACGAGAUUACUGUGGCAUUUCCAUGGAACAUGAGUCAAUUUCACUAUUCAUCACGGGACUGGGACAGGACAGGAAAAAAGUCAAUGGGAGCAGACAUAAAAAAAUGCAGUCUAUUAUAAAUAAAAGCCUUUUUUUAGAUUUAUUUAUUGGGAACAGGAUGGGACGGGAGUCAUUCUUCCGGGAUUGGGCAGCAACAGGAUUGUCCUGAACAAGGUAUGGACUUUUGUUGUAGAAAAUGUGUAGCAAACACUAAGAAAGAAGACGGGGUCGUUGGAUGAAAGAAGUCCAAUGACCCAGUGCAUGUGUCUUCUCUUACCUGUAAGAGUCUCUUUUCUAGUGAAACUAGGGAUGUCAAAUCAAUGCCUCACACUUUGAUACUUCACGUUAAACAGCAUCAACCAUUUCAUGGGUUAAGUAUGAAAAACAAACAAAACAAUCUCAACUUAAUAAUAAUAAUCCUUAUUUGUAGAGCACUUUUCAAAAACAAGUUACAAAGUGCUUUAACAAGUGUAAAGAAUAAUACAAAAAAAACAAGACUUAAAUUUAAAGGUUCAGUGUUUAAGUUUUAGUGACAUCCAGUGGUGAGGGUUGCAAAUUGCAACCAACAGCUCACCCCACUCUCCCUUUGCAAACGCUUAGGAGAAAAUCUGAUCGCUGACACGCUUUGUCAGCUCUUGUGUUAACUAAUAUGUAUGGGCCUCCAUUUGUCCAAAUUUUACGUCUCUUCUUACUUUUGACAACGAUGACUUGACGAAACUCGCUCUAUAGAGUAGUUUGUUUGGGCUACUGUAGAAGCAUGGCGGUGCAACUUGGCAACUUCCCUGUAAGAGGACCUGCGGUUUAUGCAGAUAGAAAUGGCGCAUUCUAAGGUAAAAAAAACAUAAUGGUUCAUUAUGUAAGGUCUUUAUUCACCACUGAAAACAUAGUCAUGUAUAUUAUAUUGCAUUUCUGUCAGUAGACCCUCCUAAAUUUUACACAGUGUGUGUCCACUUACCAGCUUUUUUCCUAGGGCUUCAAAUGGUUUUCAUCGGCAGAUGAAAAUUUGUAUAUUCCUGGAGAUGGGUCGGUUGACAUGUGAGCCCAGUAGUUUCAUUCAAAGCACUUGUAGGACUUCCCAUCCAUGUUGGCAUAAAAUGUUAAAAACAGUACAUGUUUGGUUGAAAGCUCUGGAAAAAAAGCUAGUGUGUAGAUGGAUAUUUUUACCCCCAUAGUGCCUUCCAGUUUUAUGACAACAUUUAAUGGUUAGCUUGGCUAUAUCAGCAAUGCAAUGUCUCAUUCCAUCACUGAGCUAUAUGCUGGGGGCUCAAAGCUAUCAUGUACAUGUUACCAGUAAGUGCCCGCUGCCUGGUGAUUGUUUUAGUUUCCAUCAGUAUUAUUAGAUACACCAUUGCACCACUUUGGAAUGCAAUGUUGUUUUUACACUUUUUCAUCUCUAUUACUAGAACUAAAGAGCUGUAGUGAAGCUCACAAUGUUACACAAGUGAUGAGAUAGCAGGAGUUUGAACAGACAGAGACUAACUGAUCGCUACAUAUACUGACUAAAUGUGCCUCACAUACCUUUACCUCUAAGACUUGAGAUGAGAUGUUUCAAAAGUUACAUUGCUGGCAUGCCAUGUAAAGGUUUGAUGUAUGCACGUUUAUGAAACCACAAGAAUAAUUUAAAACUGAAUGCUAUUUUAUAAUUUCACCAAAAGCAAUUUAGUUCUAUUUUUAAUUAAAUUAUUGAUCAGCCCUUUAAAGUAGUUUAGUUGAUGUUGUGAGUAUAGUCUACCUUUCUUUAUGCAUGUACUCCCAUCUACUUCGCUGUCUUGCACUUUUUAGUUCCAAUCAUGUGCCAUGACCACUGCACUGCACGUUCUGACUGCAUGUUAUAUAAUCCUGUGAUAAAGGCGAUGCAGUAA